AUGCUUCGUGUCGCUGUUACCAAGGCUGCUGCCCGUCCUUUGGCCUUUGCUAGCAGAGCUACGUUCACUACUACCACCCGAGUCAUGGCUGCGGGUGAUACAGGAGCUCCCCCCAAGCUUGGUGGUCAAGGAGACGCCUUCCAGCGUCGGGAGAAGGCUUCCGAAGACCUCGCUAUCCGUCAGCGCGAGAAGGAGAAGCUCCUCGAGCUCAAGAAGAAGCUCGCCGAGCAGCAGGCCCACCUUCAGCAGCUUUCUGAUCACAUCGACGAGAUCACCAAGAACCAGGGCGGAGAACACAACUAA